UCAGUAAAAUGGCUGUGUCUCUCGGAGCCUCGUGCUGGUUUGGUCGGUAUCUUGCUGAUACUCUCGUUCUGUAACAGAAAGCCUACCCACAUUUUCUGUCGGGUAAUUUAAUUCCCUGGAUUCUUAUUUAUAUACUUCCAGUAACUUUCCGGUCGAAUCGGAGACGGGAGUGGAUGCCGGAUUCGGUCCGGAGGUAGGGGGAAUGAUCCGGGACACGGGUACAUUGUUAUAAAUAAUUGUAUUUAUGUUCAAUGCUAUUCAGAGAGCUCGAUUGUGAGUGACUCGCUGUGAGAGAGGCACAUAGGGAUAUCAUGGCCGCGCAGGUCGCUAGCGUCGCCACUCUCAACACUAGCCCGCCAUCCGAACUUAAAAAGCCGGAUCGGGACCCACUGGAGGAGUCGGUACCGGGAGAGAAACAACAUGAAAAUAAGGAACCUGGAUCUGACAACGGAUCUCCGGGCCAGAAGGAUCUGCAGGACGGGGCCGAUGCUGGAAAUGUAGGGGGAGGAGGGGAGCCUGACAUGAAGAACGGGAACUCGUCCCGAGUGAAUAAUAAUAACAACCAGAAUGAUACGGGGGGACCGGAGGGGAAUAACCACCCCGGGAUGGGCCACCACCAGGGCUCAUUCCCUCCACCUCCUUACGGGUACAACCAGCACUACAGCCGGGGCCCUUUUCAUCAACAUGGCGGACAACAAAGCCCUGGCAUGGCAGCUGCAGCGGGGCCGGCAGUGCAGUCAGGCAACAUGAUGGACCCAUACCCGCCCAACUCACAAGACCACGGCUUCCCCAACCAUUUUAACAACUACAGCCCCUUCCCGAACCGGACUUCUUAUCAGGGCCAAGGAUACGCCAUGAAUUCCCCGCGUAAUAGCCAACCCCCGGCGGCUGGGGGGCAGCAGGGCAAGCAACAGCCAGCAGGCGGAACUACAGCCAUGCCUGCCUCGUACAAUAAUCAGAGGUAUAACAUGGGAAACGCACAGCCCACGUCUACCCCGACAUUAAAUCAGCUCCUAACGUCUCCCAGCUCUACGAGGAGCUACCAGAAUUACCCACAAGGAGAGUAUAGUAACCAGGAAGGGGCUGGCAAGGGAGCAGCAGAUAUUGCCAGCAGUCAGUAUGGUGGGGGUCAUCCGGGUUGGCAACAAAGGAGCCACCAGCCGCCUCCUAUGAGCCCAGGGAACACGGGACAACCUCUGAACAGAAACCAGCCCCCCAGCCCUAUGGACCAUGUAGGGAAGAUGCGGGGCCAGGGGUACGGUGGAGCCAACCCCUACUCCCAGCAGCAAGGCCAGGGGCAGGGCCCUCCUCCUCCAGGGGCCCAACAGGGUGCCUCCUACCCAGGCCAGGGCUAUGGACCCCAGGGGCCUCAAAGGUAUCCUAUGGGCAUGCAGGGACGCACCCCCACCGGCAUGGCUGGCAUGCAAUACGGACAACAGAUGGCCGGCUUUGGGCAGCAGGGUCCAGGGGGCUACGGUCAGCAGAGCCAGGGCUACUACAGCCAGCAUGGCCCCCCACCACACGCUGGUCAGCAGCAGGCCCCCUACCCCCAGCAGGUCCACCCCUCCCAGGGCCAAGGGCCUCCGCAAGGGGGUCCACCUCAGGCACAGCCACCCUACAACCAGGGACCACCCCAGCCCUCGCAGCAGCCGGGGCCCCAGCAGGGCCAGUCCGGGCCCAGCUACCCUCAGCAGCAAGGACCCCUGGGGCAGCAGUCUCCACAGCAGCAACCCCCCUCGCAGCAGCAAGGACCGCCGCAGCAGCAGCAAGAUAGGGCGGCCCCUCCACAGGCCCAGCCACCCCCAGGCCAUCAACAACCCCCAGUCCACAAGCCAUCCCCCGGCCACCAAUCCACUCCGGGCCCUCAGGGCCAGCACCCAUCUCCAGGUCACAGUGUACCCCCACAGCAGCAGGGUCAGUCUCAGCAGGGCCAGCCCUCACCCUACUCCCAGACCCCACCCCUGCAGCAGCAGGGUCAGUCUCAGCAGGGCCAGACCUCGCCCUACUCCCAGACCCCACCCCUGCAGCAGCAGGGUCAGUCUCAGCAGGGCCAGCCCUCACCCUACUCCCAGACCCCACCCCUGCAGCAGCAGGGUCAGUCUCAGCAGGGCCAGCCCUCACCCUACUCCCAGACCCCACCCCUGCAGCAGCAGGGUCAGUCUCAGCAGGGCCAGCCCUCACCCUACUCCCAGACCCCACCCCUGCAGCAGCAGGGUCAGUCUCAGCAGGGCCAGACCUCGCCCUACUCCCAGACCCCACCCCUGCAGCAGCAGGGUCAGUCUCAGCAGGGCCAGACCUCGCCCUACUCCCAGACCCCACCCCUGCAGCAGCAGGGUCAGUCUCAGCAGGGCCAGACCUCGCCCUACUCCCAGACACCACCCCUGCAGCAGCAGGGUCAGUCUCAGCAGGGCCAGACCUCGCCCUACUCCCAGACCCCACCCCUGCAGCAGCAGGGUCAGUCUCAGCAGGGCCAGACCUCGCCCUACUCCCAGACACCACCCCUGCUGCAGCAGUCGCCCUUCCAGGGGUUUCCACCGCCGCCACAGGAGCUCUCCCAGGACUCGUUCAGCUCCCAGUCCAGUGCUCCCCCCUCCAACCAGCCCACGACUUCCAACAAGAGUGGCACAGAGGACAGCAUGCAGGGACGGCCUUCUAGUUUACCAGACCUCUCUGGUUCCAUAGAUGACCUGCCGACGGGUACAGAGGGGGCUCUGAGUCCGGGGGUCAGCACGUCGGGGGUGUCCAGUAGCCAGGGGGAACAGAGUAACCCUGCCCAGUCACCCUUCUCCCCUCACACCUCGCCUCACUUGCCUGGCAUCCGCGGGCCCUCCCCCUCCCCUGUGGGCUCCCCUGCCAGCGUCACCCCCUCACGCUCCGGGCCCAUCUCACCUGCUGCUGUGCCAGGUAACCAGAUGCCUCCCCGGCCGCCCAGCGUCCAUUCAGACGGCAUUCUCCACACAUCCAUGGGCCAGUCAGCCAUGGGCCAGGACAGGGUGUACAUGCGUAACCCCCAGAUGCCCCCCCACGGGUCGCCGCAGCAACCUGGCUCCGCCUUAUCCCCUCGCCAGUCAUCGGGAGGCCAGAUGCUUCCUGGGAUGGGGCCCUACCCUCAGAACAACUCCAUGGGGAACUACGGCCCUCAGGGUGGACAGUACGGACCACAAGGUUACCCCAGACAGCCUGGCUACAGUGGCAUGCCCAACGCCAACUACCCUGGUGGUCCGGGGGGCAUGCCAGGCCAGGCUGGUGGGGCGCCGUAUGCAGGCAUGCCCCCUGGCAGGAUGGGUCCGGGUCAGAUGGCUGCCCGCCCCUACGGCCCCGGGAUGGGCCCCAACAUGGGCCCCGGCAUGCCUCCACAGGUGACCUCUGGGAUGUGCCCCCCUCCAGGAAUGAACAGGAAGGGCCCCGGGGGCCCUCCAGAUGUAGCCUCUACCAUGCACCAUGGAGCCAACUCUAUACUCAACAGGCCUCCAGGUUACCCCCCCAAUAUGCCCCAAGGGAUGAUGGGAGCAGGGCCUCCGUAUGGCCCUGGGCCGGGGGCCAUCAACAGCAUGCAAGGUAUGAUGAACCAGGGAGGACCUUAUGGAGGAGGGCCAAUGGGAGGGAACAUGGCCAACAACACACCUGGCAUGGCUCCUAGCCCUGAGUUUGGCAUCGAUGUCAAACUGAACCCAGCCCAGAAGAUGAACAACAAGCUGGACGGUACGCCCAAACCUGAAGCCAAGAAGGUAAAGAAGAAGUCAAACUCUUCGACGACGACCAAUGAGAAGAUAACUCGUCUGUAUGAGCUGGGUCCGGAGCCGGAGAGGAGGACGUGGGUAGACCGGUACCUGGCGUUCGCUGAGGAGAAGGCCACGGGCAUGACCAACCUUCCCGCCGUGGGACGCAAACCUCUGGACCUCUUCAGACUUUACGUCUCGGUCAAAGAGAUCGGCGGCCUCACACAGGUGAACAAGAAUAAGAAGUGGAGGGAGUUGUCCACCAACCUAAACGUGGGCACGUCCAGCAGCGCCGCCAGCUCUCUGAAGAAGCAGUACAUCCAGUGCCUGUACGCCUUCGAGUGCAAGAUCGAACGUGGCGAGGACCCGCCCCCGGAUCUCUUCAUCGACGCCAAAAAGACCACCCAGCCCAAGAUCCAGCCCCCCAGCCCAGCUGGGUCUGGAUCUCUGCAGGGCCCCCAGACCCCCCAGUCCACCAGUAGUUCCAUGGCGGAGGGGGGAGACCUGAAGCCCCCCACGCCAGCCUCCACCCCUCACAGCCAGAUGCCCCCCAUGCCUGUCAGGCUGCAGGACCCAUUUGCAGAUGGGGGUGACCCAGCAUUUGCCAGACGGAACUCCAUGACCCCCAACAGCUACCAGCCUGGGAUGGGAGGCCCGGAGAUGAUGGGUCACAUGGGGCCCUACGAAUCCAACAAGGACCCCUUUGGUGGCAUGAGGAAAGCUGGAGAGCAAUUCAUGACUCCAGGGCCGGGCCCUAACAGUGGUAUGGAGGGGCAGUUCAACAGAGGCCCCCCAGGCCCCAACAUGCAGAUGGGUCCGAGACAACAGUACCCCUACGGACCUGGAUAUGACAGGAGACAGGAGCCAGGGAUGGGUCCUGGGGCCCCCCAGCCCAACCUGAUGCCUUCAGGGGCCGACUCGGGGAUGUACUCCCCUAACCGACCCCCACCGCAGCAACGUCAUGAUUCCUAUGGUAAUCAGUAUCCUGGUCAAGGAGCGCCACCUGGUGGCCCCUACCCCAAUCAGCAGCCAGGAAUGUUUCCACAGCAACAACCCAACUACAAGCGUCCUCCAGUAGACGGGGCCUACGGUCCCCCAGCCAAGCGUCAUGAGGGGGAUGGGAUGUACAAUGUCCCCUUCAGCGGUCAGCAGCCAGGGCCCCAGCCCUCCGGGGGCCCCCAGGGCCAACAAGACAUGUACAAUCAGUACAACGCAGGCUACCCCGGCUCUGACCGCCGACCACCUGGCCCCCAGGGCCAGUUCCCUUUCUCCUUCGGCCGAGACCGGGGGCCCUCCAGCGGGGGCCCCAACUCCCAGUCUCCCAUGCCUCCCCAAAUGAUGGGCAGCCCUAUGCAGGCAGCCCCUGACGGCCCCCAGGGCCCCAUGUGGCAGGGACGCAAUGAGAUGGGUUACCCCAACUACCCGAAUCGCCAGGGGCCUCCAGGACCUGGCCAGGGGCCCCCCCAGGGGUACCACGGCAUGAACCGCUCUGAGGAGAUGAUGCCAGGGGCUGACCAGCGGAUGAACCAUGAGAGCCAGUGGCCGGGACACCCCAGCCAGAGGCAGUCCCCCUACGGGCCGGGGGGCUCGGGGCCCCCCAUGUCCAGACCCCUGCAGUCCAACUAUCAGAGCUCCCAGAACCAUAUUUCCCAGGUGUCCAGCCCCGCCCCCAUGCCCCGCCCCAUGGAAAGCAGGACAUCCCCCUCCAAGUCUCCAUACAUGCACUCAGGCAUCAAGAUGCAGAAGGCGGGGCCCCCUGUGCCCGCGUCCCACAUAGGCCAGGCCCCCGUGCAGCCCCCCCUCAUCAGGCGGGACAUAUCCUUCCCCCCGGGGUCAGUGGAGGCCUCCCAACCCAUCCUCAAACCCCGAGGACGACUCACCAUGAAAGACAUCGGCACCCCAGAGGCCUGGAGAGUGAUGAUGUCUCUGAAGUCAGGCUUACUAGCAGAGAGCACGUGGGCCUUGGACACCAUUAAUAUUUUACUCUACGAUGACAACAGCAUUUCUACCUUCAACCUCUGCCAGCUGCCUGGGUUCCUGGAGCUGGUAGUGGAGUAUUUCAGACGCUGCCUCAUCCAGAUCUUCGGCAUCCUGAAGGAGUACGAGGUGGGAGACCCUGGCCAGCGGACGCUCACCGACCCGUAUGCUGCCGACGAGGACUGGUCUGACGAAGAGCUGCCCGAGCAGGAGGACAUGGAGGACGAAGAGGACGAAGAGGAGGACGACGAGAGGAGGAGCAACGCAGACACCACCACCUCGUCGCAGCAGGUCCAGGUGAAAAAGGAGGAGGAAGAGGAGAAAUCCACGCCUGAGAAGUCGACAGCAGAGGAGGAGGAGGAGAGGGAAGGAGGGGAGUCUUCUUCCACCUCCUCGCCCCCCCAGAACCUCAGCCUCCUACAGGAGAAACCCAAACAGGCCAGUAAGUUCGACAAGCUGCCCAUCAAGAUGGUGCGUAAGAAAGACCCCUUCCCUGGGGGCCGUUCCAGUAAGCUAGGCCGGCGGCAGAGCUUUGACAGCGGACUGAUCCACUGGAGCAUCGGCGGGGGGGACACCACGGAACACAUCCAAACACACUUCGAGAGCCGGUCCGACCUCCUCAGGCAGAGGAAGCAGGUGCUGCCAUCGGCCACCGAGAGUAGAAAGGUCGCCGUGCCCCCGACGGUGUCAGACAACCCAGAGAAGACUACUAAGCCUGGCAAGGAAGAGCAGACCACCAAGACCUCCACCCCAACCACGCCCGCCCCGGUCACCGCCACCAUCGACGACGUCCUGUCGGCCCGGCCGGGCUCGGUGACGGAGGAGGCGGUGCGAGGAGCAGCCGAGGAGCAGAAGGAGAGCGGGGGACAGUUCCUGUACUCCCUCCGCCAGGCGCAGCAGAGCCGACGCAACAUCACCAUCCUGGAGGACGAGCCUCACAGCAAGGACGAGACCGCACUGAGCACGCUGUCGGACUGGCAGGACGCCCUAGCUCGCCGCUGUGUCUGCGUCUCCAACAUCGUCCGCUCGCUGUCCUUCAUCCCCGGCAACGACCUGGAGAUGUCCAAACACCCAGGGCUGCUACUGCUGCUGGGCCGUCUGGUCCUGCUCCACCACCGUCACCCAGAGAGGAAACAGGCCCCCGUCACCUACGAGAAGGAGGAGGAGGAGGACGAGGACGAGAGGAUAAGCUGUGAGAGGGACGAGUGGUGGUGGGACUGUCUGGAGGUCCUCAGGGAGAACUGCCUGGUCACUCUGGCUAACAUCUCCGGCCAGUUGGACUUAUCCAUCUACCCAGAGAGCAUCUGUCUGCCCCUGCUGGACGGCCUGCUUCAUUGGGCUGUUUGUCUUUCGGCCGAGGCCCUGGACCCCUUCCCCAUGCUGGGGCCCCACGGGGCCCUAUCCCCCCAGAGACUGGUGCUGGAGACUCUCAGCAAGCUGAGCAUCCAGGACAACAACGUGGACCUUAUCCUGGCCACGCCUCCAUUCAGCCGGCUGGAGAAGCUGUACGGGACGCUGGUGCGUUUGGUCGGGGAGAGGAAGGUGGCUGUCUGCAGGGAGAUGUCUGUGGUCUUACUGGCCAACCUGGCCCAGGGGGACAGCAUGGCGGCCAGGGCCAUCGCCGUGCAGAAGGCCAGCGUAGGUAACCUCCUGGGCUUCCUGGAGGACAGUCUUGCAGCCACGCAGUACCAGCAGAGCCAGAGUUCCCUGAUGCACCUACAGGGGGCGCACUUUGAGCCCACUAGCGUAGACAUGAUGCGGCGAGCGGCCCGCGCCCUGCACGCCAUGGCUAAGGUGGAGGAGAACCACUCAGAGUUCACCCUGUACGAGUCCCGCCUACUGGACAUCUCUGUCUCACCACUCAUGAACUCUCUGGUGUCCCAUGUGAUCUGUGACGUACUCUUUCUGAUUGGCCAGUCAUGACAGCCGUGGGGGCUUCAGCUUCGCUUUAUCUUUGUGUUCCCCUGCCCCAUUCUCUCCCCCCCCCCUUUUAUUUGUGUGUGUGUCUGUUGAGUGUGAGUGGAAGAGAGAACUAAGAGCAAAACUGACUGUCCUUUUUUUAAUUUAUGCAAAAUCACCUCGGAUUCCACUGUCUAUCCUUUCUAUCCCCUGGUUCUCACUAAAGGACGGAUUUAAGUAGCGGUGGAGUUAAACAUUCUGGAAUACGGAAACUGACGUGAUAAGACCGAUCAGAUGGGACCCUGGGAUGGAUGUAGGGUCGGGA